CAGUGCCCAAGGGCCUAAUAUGGCGAGAGAAGGGGAGAGAUCAGCCGGUGGACGUCAGGGGGCACAAUUAUAUAUAAAUACCCCCUGGACAGGGCUACAUCCUGAGCGAGCUGGUGAGCUAGCAACCCCUGCACUGCCUGAGACAGACCGGAGCCCAAGAAAGCUACCAUCAUGUGUGACGAUGAAGAGACUACCGCACUUGUGUGCGACAACGGCUCCGGGCUUGUGAAAGCUGGAUUUGCUGGGGAUGAUGCCCCAAGAGCAGUGUUUCCAUCCAUUGUUGGGCGUCCCCGCCACCAGGGUGUCAUGGUUGGUAUGGGUCAAAAAGAUUCCUACGUAGGUGAUGAAGCCCAGAGCAAGAGAGGUAUCCUUACUCUGAAGUACCCAAUUGAACAUGGUAUUAUCACCAACUGGGAUGAUAUGGAGAAGAUCUGGCAUCACACCUUCUACAAUGAGUUGCGUGUAGCCCCAGAGGAGCACCCCACCCUGCUUACUGAGGCCCCACUGAACCCCAAAGCCAAUCGUGAAAAGAUGACCCAAAUCAUGUUUGAGACCUUCAACGUCCCAGCUAUGUAUGUGGCGAUCCAGGCAGUGCUCUCUCUGUACGCCUCUGGUCGUACCACUGGUAUUGUUCUGGACUCUGGUGAUGGUGUAACACACAAUGUACCAAUCUAUGAAGGUUAUGCCUUGCCCCAUGCCAUCAUGCGUCUUGACUUGGCCGGUCGUGACCUGACUGACUACCUGAUGAAGAUCCUGACAGAGCGUGGCUACUCUUUUGUCACUACAGCUGAACGUGAAAUUGUCCGUGACAUCAAGGAAAAGUUGUGCUAUGUAGCUCUGGACUUUGAGAAUGAAAUGGCCACUGCUGCUUCUUCCUCCUCCCUGGAAAAGAGCUAUGAGUUGCCUGAUGGACAGGUUAUCACCAUUGGCAAUGAACGUUUCCGUUGCCCAGAGACUCUCUUCCAACCAUCUUUCAUUGGUAUGGAGUCUGCUGGUAUUCAUGAGACAACCUACAACAGUAUCAUGAAGUGCGAUAUUGACAUCAGAAAGGACCUGUAUGCCAACAAUGUCAUGUCUGGCGGUACCACCAUGUACCCAGGUAUUGCUGACCGUAUGCAGAAGGAAAUCACUGCUCUGGCUCCCAGCACAAUGAAAAUCAAGAUCAUUGCUCCACCUGAGCGUAAGUACUCUGUCUGGAUCGGUGGUUCCAUCUUGGCCUCCCUCUCCACCUUCCAGCAGAUGUGGAUCACAAAACAGGAAUACGAUGAAGCUGGUCCAUCUAUUGUCCACCGCAAAUGCUUCUAAAUAUGUUCACUUGAUCCCUACACUAGCAACCACUCUCAGGUUGAUGAUGGUCUUUGCCAUGGGUGGAUCAGAAUGUCCCAACACCCAUGUAACACCACACAUAACAAUGUUUGUUAUUGUAGCCUCAUAAAGAAUGUGACUCAGAGAUUAUAUAAAAUGUACAUAAAGUGUAAUUUAUUGUAACAUGUUUUCUAAGUUCUAAAGCACUGACUGAACAGAAGCAACAUGGAAAUUUCAAGAAACAAUAAAUGAGUCAUUUCAUGCCCCUCUUAA